AAUCUGCCACCUAACCUCUGGCGAUCCAUCCAUGUGCCAGAUGCGCGUCAGAAGCAGCCAGACACGCAACUCUUACAAGGAAACAAACGUCGAUAUGCUUCAACAAUACUUCUGAACUACCAUCCACGAGGGAGAAGUUCAACUACCGAUCAAGGAGCAAUGGAGAACAAGGGGCUAUUGCAAAGUAAAGAAUUGUAUCAGUAUAUCUUGAACACUAGUGUGUACCCACGAGAAUCAGAGUUUCUCAAGGAGUUGAGAGAUGCUACUGCAAAUUAUCCAGGGGCUUUGAUGGGUACUGCACCAGAUGCGGGGCAGUUAAUGACAUUGCUUCUGGGUCUUGUUAAUGCAAAGAAGACGAUUGAAAUUGGGGUUUUCACAGGAUAUUCUCUCCUCCUAACUGCUAUUGCGAUACCUGAUUAUGGGAAGAUCACAGCUAUUGAUGUUAGUCGGAAAGCAUAUGAUGACAUAGGAUUACCAAUUAUGCAAAAGGCCGGCGUUGAACAUAAAAUUGAUUUUGUUGAGUCUCCUGCUCUUCGUGUACUUGACAAACUGUUGGAAAAUACUGAGAAUGAAGGGACCUUUGACUUUGCUUAUGUCGACGCAGACAAGGUUAAUUACUGGAAUUAUCAUGAGAAAUUGUUGAAACUGUUGAGAAUUGGCGGCGUCGUAGUUUACGAUAACACAUUGUGGGGAGGAUCAGUGGCUAUGAGCGACGAAUCUUUGGUUCCAGAGCACUACAGAGCCUCUAGGCGUCACUCAAUCGAGUUUAACAAGCUUAUAGCAGCUGAUUCUCGCAUUCGGUUAUCACAGGUACCAGUCGGUGAUGGUAGCACUGUAUGCGUACGUCUUCAUUAGUAAAAUGGAAUAAAUGGAGAUUUCUUUAUUUCUAGAGUGGGAGUGGGAGUGAGAGUGAGAGUUAGUGUACACAGGAGUGAGUGCCUGUAGGUGUAUGACCUGCUUCUUCGUUUUCCAGAUUUCCCGGGUUGAGGACAAGCCUUGUUUCAAGGAGAGUGGGAUGUAAGAACACCGGCACUACUGUGCUGUCUAAACUGAAGAUGUUAGAUGUUUUCCUUAAUUAGUUGUGUUGCUUUUAUUUUUGAACUCUAAACUGAAGUACCUGCUGUAGAACUAUUUUUUCGUUCCUUCAGUAUAUGUAUUUCUAGGUGGUUAAUUCCCA